GGAGGGAGAGCAGAGAGAGACAGAGUGAGCGAAUGAAAGAGCGAGGGGGAGAGCAGAGCUCACACGAUCAGCCAGCGCAAGUCUGUGUGAGAGAGACGAAGAGAGAAGGGGAGCAAGUGAACGGGGGGACAGAGGUAUUGAAAAGAGAUUGUGGAAGGGAGACUCCACUGGCUGUGUCCGAUCAGCCGCAGCUGUUGGAUAUUCCUGUCUUUCUGUCUGCGGUGGCCGGUUGAAGUUGUACCACUGGCAGGCAGCAGUUGCCUAGGGAGAUGCUUCAAACAAACAGAAAAAGAGGAGAGGAUCCCUCAGCAUUUGACUCCCCUCUCCAGCUAAAGACACAAAAGAGAGAUCCAGACACACAGGCAGGCGAUAUGGUCCGGUGUGACGAUCCACAGACCAGACUGCAGCAGCACAUUGGGCUAGGAGCUCCACGCCAAUUCCAUUAGAGCGAGGACAAGGGACAGCCUCACUUUUUCACAUCAGUAAAGAGAACAAGAACGAGACAGAAGAAAAGAAAGAAAAGUCACUCCCAGCGAGAAGAGAGACAAACGGACAAACAGACAAAAAAACAAGUGGACAGAGACAAAGACAGAGGGUGUCCCUCUUUCUCCCUCUUUGUGUCACCUCUAAAGUUCCUCCGUGCCUCUUGGACUUUACCCCACUACCCCCUAACUCCUGUCCCACCCACCCCAGCACUCCCUGGCCCCAGUAUGCGCCCCUCAGCUCCCCUCUCUCCCUCCUCAGGGCUGGUGCUGUUGCUGGUUUUCUGCCCCCUACUGGUGGUAGUGCAUGCCAGCAGCAGUAAGGCAGAGAACGGACACAGCACACACCUGGGAGACACAGACCCAGACCGCUGUAUGAGGCAUCACUUCGUAGAGACCAUCACACACCCCAUCUACAAGUGUAACUCCAAGAUGGUGUUGCUGGCUCGGUGUGAGGGCCACUGCAGCCACACGUCCCGCUCCGACCCUCUCAUCUCCUUCAGUUCGGUGUUGAAGCAGCCCUUUAAGAGCACCUGUUUCUGCUGCAGGCCCCACACCUCCAAGCUGAAGGCUGUGAGGCUCCGCUGUGCCGGAGGAACCCGCAUCACCGCCACCUACCGCUACAUCCUUGCCUGCAACUGUGAGGAGUGCAGCUGAGCAGAGAAAAUAACAUUUUAGAACACUUUAGAACUCUAGAAAUGCUAGAACCGGCUCUUUGAGAGUUUCUACCCCUGUGAGUCUGCAGCUGUAAGGAGUGGAAUCUUAGAACUCGAGAACUUGAAGAACCCACACCUUUGUAGAACCCGUGAGUCUAGACCUGACCAAUGGAACAGGACAGUGUUUUUGUCCCUGUAUGAUGAUUCAAGAGCCCUAACAUCUCCGCUGGCCGUCAUCUGCAAGUAGUGGAACCCUUAGCACCCUAUCGAACUCUAAAACCUGUGAGUCUAGGCCCAACCCAUGGACACAUAUAGAACCAUCAUGGCUGUUGGCGAUAACGACUCCAGUGCCCCAACUGCUAUCUGACCAUAAAUGUACAAGGAGAGGAGCCCUGGACUUUGGGAACAGGGAUAUUGGGGAGGGGGAUUUAAGAACCAUUGAGGAACCCCAUGUACAAUUUCAUGGUUCUACUUGUGUUUCUCGGCCUGACUGAGAAGUCAGUCAUGAGAACCUUAAUUCUCGUGACUCUUUAUCAAACUGCUUUUUUUAAAAUCCUAAAUUCCCUACCUGUCAGUCUGGAUCCAACUGCAAGACUCUGAGACCUGGGUUCCUAUUCCUCUUCCAGUGGCUCAGUCCCCAACCGAUGACCAAUUAGGAACCCUGAUCCCCAAUUCUGUGUGUCUAGAACAAGCAGAACAAUCAGCUCCUCAAGGUUCCCUGAAAGAGUAAUUUCUGCUAAUCCAUCCAGGGUAGAUGUGAUUUCCCCGGAUCCCAAACAAGCCUCCAUUCCCUCCCAUAAAUUUAGACCGUAAACAACUAACUGCUUUUUGGAUUUCAGCCAACCUCUCACCACUCAUUACAGGCAAAAACAACACAUAUGCACACACUCACAUCCACACACACAUCCCUUCUCUUACUACACACACUCUCUCACCAGUCACCCAUCAUUACAGGCAUCAAUAAAGAUAUGGUGCCAACGUCAUAAAAACCCACCAGUUCCCAACAACACAACAACAAAUUUCAUUAAAGGCCCAAAUCAGCCAUUUUUAUAUCAAUAUCAAAUACUUUUUUGGUUAACAAUUAAGUACCAUACUGUAACAGAUUUACAUUAAAAUGAUCAAAAAUAGCUUUUUAGCAAAAACUAUUUCUCAAGCAAGAAUUUUGCUAGGACUGUCUGAGGGUGGUCUGAGUGGGGAGGGGGAAACUGUUAUUGGCAGAGAGGUUUGGAACUUUCUUUGAUGUUGGUCUAUUAAACAAUUUACUGUAUGAUGAUGUCACCAUGGAAAGCCCAAACUCCUAUCCGGCUAAAACGCUGAUAAGGUCCGUGUAGAUUGUAUUUUCAACCAGCAACUAUCAGGAAAUAACAAUGAUAACUACAUUUUGACUGCACUGGGCCUUUAAAAGCAGCAUGGGACAGAACAAGCCAUGUAUCCUACAAUAUAUGCUGUAUGUGUAUUAACUGUUUUUAACUGCACCGGAGCCCCGUCUCCUAGGCAGACCAUAAACAUUUAGCACAUUUAGCACACUCAAACGCUUUCAUCUAUCUGUGUAAAACAUGACUCUCAGAGGAUAGACUCUUACAAAAUGACCAGCAGCAGAGAGGCAGCAGAGUGGUGUAUCCGGAGGGACAUUCUGUUGAUGCGAAGCCAUUUUGUGGAGUAGCAUAUGCUCUCUAAAGGGAAAUGGUCUGUCAAUGCUUAUGUUAAAUACUCUGUGCAACUGACAAUAUGGUUGCUGUUGAUGUUGAAACUAUUAAUAUUAUUAUCAUGCCAGAGUUCAUGAUUACUGACAUGUUUUGCUAUCAGUAAGUAUUACUACUUUACUAAUGAUGUAAUUUCAAUACAAGGGGUUAGAUACUUUGAGAAAGGGAACUUGUACGUCUUGUGCUGCUCACCAGUCACAGUUCAAAAACAUCAUUUUACUCUGGAUAUGUUCCUCUUUAGUGCAUUUAAGACCCAAACCAUUGCAUUUGUCAGGCGUUAACUAUUGUAUCUAGCAGGUUAAGGUAUGGGGGAGGGUUACAUUUUGGAAUAGAGUGGAAUGGACACAAACACACAGGCGCACACACACACACACUCACUCACACUCACUCACACUCACUCCUCUGAAAUGCCUUUGUUCUUCGCUAUGGCCUCAAACUGUACCCUCCCCUAUGAAAUCAUACGAUUUACUGGUCUGAGGACUUUUUAAUGCAGCUCUCCGCUGACAGCACAACUGGCUGCUUCACACAUGAACAUAAUAAAACACUCUUCCUUUGUUUCUA